AUGUGUCUACCAACAAGAAGCGAGCUCAGGCCUCCGAGACCAAGCAAAUUUGUGCUGAAGAAGCAGUUCAAGAACUUGCAGACCUUUGAAAACACAGUAGACGAUGCUGACUUCGACGAUGUCCUUUCGCAAACAACACAGUACACGAAGACAGCUAUUGAUGCGAUCAAUGACAACAUUAAGUGCUUCCAGAAAUCCGCAGCUUACAAGAUUCUGUUCAAGACGACGCAACCAGCUCAUUUGAUAACAGCCGUGGCCGUGGCUGCGAUCGGUCUUAUGCUGUAUCCAAAUUCAUACGAAAAUGCAGAAGCUCCAUCAAGUAUUUUCAAUUUAAUAUAUUUGGGAUCGUUUAGCAUAUAUUUCGGAACUCAGAUAUGGAUGACUUUCGUUUCCGGCCUCUCCCUGUACUUCUCGCUGCCUCGUCACCAUUUCGGUAACGUUCAAAGGGUUCUCUUCCCCAAAUACUUCUUGCUGAAUAGUCUCCUCUGCAUGUUGACUCUUUGGAUUUUUGUUAAACGUCACCAGACUGAGAUGCUACAGAUAUUGGUGUUAACGACAUCCUUUCUGAUCAACCUAUUGAUUAGGCUCUACCUGGCUCCACCGCUCUUGAAAUUGAUACUGAUGAAGAACAGGAUUGAACAUGCGGCCGGCAUUGGAAUGGAAAUUGGGGUUCACGAUGCCGGCCCAUUAAAAAAUUGCCCACACUAUAUCAAGAUCCAUAGAUCAUUCCGCACCGUCCACAUGACCAUAGCCAUCGGUAAUAUUAUUACCAUGGCUUGCUCCGUGAGUCACCUAAAUUAUCUCAGCCAUAAACUAUGUGAUUUGUAAACAU